AUUCGAUGACGGAAUCUCCCGAAUAUUCAAUCAUCAAUGAGUAAAUUUUUAUCAAUUUUACGGUAGUGAUUGGUGAACAAAUAUGUGUUUUCAGAUUUUCGUUUCAAUUAAUUAGCAAUCUUGAAAUAUCGCAUUUCUUAUGAUAGAUAAAUUAACAUCUAUGUUGCUCCAGCUGCCUGUAAUAAAGACUAAAUGAAGUAUUGUACCCGCACUCCCAAGAAUUAAACGUGUUUGUGAGGAUCAUUGACAUUCGAUGUAGCGAUAUUCUUUAAAAAUCUUUAGUUAGUAAUGUUUGUGCUGGUUAUAUGUGCCUUUAUUGCUCCCGGUAAAUGGAUUAGACGUUUCUGAUGUUUUGGAAGCCAUGGAAAGACAGGAGCGGAUCCACGGCAACAUGGAGGCGCCCGAUACCAUCGACACAAGACAGUCGAAGCAGCGCGCGUCUAUCAAAUGGCUGCUCUCGAAGGCGUUCAACAAUCGGGUUCCCGACAACUUGCAGGAGCCCUUCUACCGGGAUCAUGAGGGUCAAGAGCGGCUGAAACCGGCGAUAACGGGCGGCUUGGCGAGCGCCGAGCUGUACUGUCUGGCGCUGGCCAACGUGUACUCCGACCCCGGCUUCCACAGCCUGAACCACACCGCCAUCUUGCAGGCCCUUACUCGCAAGGGUGCGCCGCCCGUCGCGGCCGCGCCCCUCACCGAGACCGUGCUCAUUCAGAACAACCCCCUGCGGUUGAGCGCGCACCUGGCCGUCACCGAGGCGCUCAUGGCGGUGUACGCCCGCGAGGUGGUCACCCCGGAACGGGUGGCGGCCGCCGCGCUGCGUUUCGGCGGAGGGCCGCCCGCCGGCGUCGCGUCGCCCGAGGACGGCCUCCUCGUCUGGAUCAACGCCGCGUGCGCGGCUUUCAACCGGGCACGGGAGGCGGGGUGCGCGGAGGUGGCCGGCGUGCGUAGCGUGGAGGAGGUGUGCUCGGGGGCGGCGCUGGCGGCGCUGCUGGCGUGGUAUUGCCCGGGCGCCGUGCCACGAUCCGCCGUGCGCGCCGCGCCGCUGGCCUCGCUGCACGACUCGCUGCACAACCUGUCGCUCGUCUACGACUUCUGCCGCGACCACUUGCCGCACAACUGUUUCCACAUGCUGCCGGAGGACGUAACCUACAUGCGCGGGUCGAUGCGGCAAAACCUGGUGGCGUUGCUGGCGGAUCUGUUUAACCUGCUGGAGGUGCACCCCGUGCUCGCCGUGCAGCGCUCUCGCGCGGGUCCGUCGGGGUCGGCGGAGCGGAGUAACGCGUGGGGCGUGCGUCACUCGCGCCAUCUGCCGCCGCCGGACCCCGUGCCCAUCCCGCGCCUCCGGGACUCCCUCGACGACCGGCCCUUCGCAGAGCCGUUGAGAGACCGUGACGACGGAAUGAUGCAUUACGCAGACGUGCACGCAGGGUCUCGGUCGCCGUCGUCCGGCGGACGAGCGUCGCGGGCGGGAGGCGCGGGCGGAGACGACUUCGUGAUCCACCGCGGCAAGGCGGUCACGACGCUGUCGGCCAUGUUGCGGCGGGAGCUGAACGAGGACGAGAGCGCCGGCGAGCAGCAGGCGACGGCGGCGGGCAGACCGUCCAAGUGGGGCUCGAGCCGCGAGGGCAGUUUCGCCGGUCGUCGCUCGCGCCGCUCGUCCGUCACCGACGACAGCCAGCUUACCGUCGAGAACUUCGGCGGCUCGGCCGGCGUCAACCACUUCGCGCAGCGCAACCCGCAGAAGGACCUCGCCACGCUCGAUCACCUGGUCGACUUCGCUCCCAACCGAGGUAACCCGUGUCACAACCCGCCGCUGCGUUCGUCGCGGCAGGACAUCCGCGGCUCCCUGAGCCUGGCGCACGACGAGACCAACGGGGAGCGCUCGCCCCCUCCGCCGCCCCCGCCCCCGGCCGGCGACGGGCCCGUCCGCGCCAACGGCCAACAGAGAGGUCUGCAAGCGAGCGGCGGCCGGGAGGACAGGGAGAGGCGGAAGAGCGCCGCGGGUCCGGCGCAGGGCGGCACGACCACUUGGCACGAGCACUUCCUGCAGCACGAGCACCAAGGUCACAACGGCGACGAGGAGACGGAGGAGAGCGACGGAGGCGAAACGGGCGCCGGGGGCGCCAUGGCGGCGCAGCUGAACAACAUCCGCCUCAAGCUGGAGGAGAAGCGGCGUCGCAUCGAGCAGGACAAGCGCCGGCUCGAGCAGGCGGUCGCCCGCCAGCGGCAGAACCUCGGGCACCAGGCCUUCCUGCAGGCCGUCACGCGGGGCAAGUCUCGCGGCGCGGACGCGGCCCCCUCGCCGGACCCCUCGCAGGUGAGUGCCUCGAGCCUCGCCGUCUCCGACGAAUCUUUGGACCGUCGGUCCUCACGACGUUUUGUGUCGAUUCAGGAGCCGGCGGAGGCCCCGUCGAGCGGCGCGGAGAAUUCGGCCCUGGAGCAGUACCGGCAGUCCAUAACCAGAAUGAACACGAGUCUGCAGGACAUACAGAGCGACAUAGCGCGUCUCGCCACGCAGCACAGUCAACUUCAACAGCAGCAGCAGCAGCAACAACAACAACAACUCCAACAGCAGCAGCAGCAGCUCCAGCAGCAAUUGCAACAACAGCAGCAACAGCUACAGCAGCAGCUUCAGCAGCAGCAAGCGAAGCAGUUGUUUCAGCAGCACUUUGAUCAGUAUCAAUCGAAUAUUCCACAGUUGCACAGCCAGUUCAGUUCGGCGCAGAACGUUUCGCUGUCGGCGGGCGGCGUCUUCGGCUCGUCCCCGCAGCUGGCGAUGGAGCCGCAGUACCGGCCCAUCGAAGCCGCCUUCCUGUUGCACGACGCGCCUCUGUCCACGCCGCAGCGCCGCACCUGGGCGCAGCACGCGCGUCUGCAGCAGGAGCACAACGAGCUGCGAGGCUGGCAGCCCUCCCGGCAGAGCCAGUCGAGCGAGUCCUACUCGCCCUACUCGGAGAGCGGUCGCGCCUGGCGCUCCCCGUCUCCGGCGGCCGGCGAGCGCGGCGGCCGGUCGCCGCAGGGCUUCGUUCUGCACGACCGGACCGCCGCGCCCAACGGCGAGGUGCGGCACGCCAGCCUGGCGCCGGACACGCCUCCCCCCAGCCCGCGACGGCAGCGACCGCCGGCGCCCUCGCCGCCGCCGUCGCCGCCCGCCGACAUGGAGCCGCAGAACAUCUCCUUCAUCGGCGCCGCCGAAGACGAGGCGCUCGGCGGCCUCGGCCGCCUUCACAUCUCGUCGGGCACGCGCACCUACCGCAUCCCCUCGCCCACGAGGCCGCCGCUCUCGCGGGACUCUUUCCGUCGGGAGGAAGCGAACGAGAAGGGCUUCUACGUCUCCUUCGACGACGAGCAGCCCAAGCGCGCUAAGCCGCCUCUGCGGCAGAAGCGCGGCUCGCCCCGCGUGGACCGACCCGACGACCGCGUCGACGCCCCCGACGCCUGGCCGGACGACGACUUCGUCGUGCACAGGAAUUCACACCCCGAGUCGAGACCCGAUCGACGCGAAUCGCCGGCGCGGGAGAACGGCUUCCCUCGUGAUGAAGUCGCGCGCCAGACGCGGCGGCCCGCUCACGCCCCGCCGCCGGCCGCCGCCGCGCCCACUCCGGCUCCCGCCCCCGCCGCUCUAGUCGUCGGCGAGGUGACGCCCGACCCGAACGGCGCGGAGGAGAUGGAGCGCAAGAAGGAGCGCAUCAUGUUGCUGUCGCUGCAGCGGCGGCAGCGCGCCGAGGAAGCGCGGGUCAAGGCCGAGGCCGACGCGGCGGCGAGGCGCGCCCGAGAGGAAGCCGCCGCCGAGCUGAAGGCGGCGCGCCGAGAGGAGCAGGCGCGACGUCGCGAGGCCAUCCUGCAUCAGUACAAGCUCAAGAAGGCCAUCGAGGAGGCCGAGCGAGAGGGCAAAGUGCUGGACAAGACCGAGUUCCCCGACGCGCCGUCUCGGGCGGGCGGGAAUCUGACGGGGGCGACGGGCUCGACGCGACUCCGCGGCCGAGCCGCCGCCCGAGCCCGCCCCAAAACCAUCCACGUGGACGGCGGCGCCCUGCACGCCGCCGAGGGCAUGCUGCGGCGUCAGCCCUCGCACGCCAGCCUCGCAGGAGGCGCCGGGCGACGCGACUACUACCGAGGCUCGCAGGACGACCUGCAGGACCGGCCGGCUCUCGCCAGAGGUCCGCCUCCGUCGGAGUCUCCGGGCGAGGAGCGCGGCGUGACGUCGCCGGGCAGCUCUUCCGGCGGACCCCUCGCGCGCCGCGGCUCCUGCAAGACCUCCAGAGAGCGCGGGGCCGAGGAGCCGCCGCCUGCCCGCGGCAGGUCUAAGUAUUCCACUUACCAGAGUAGCUUUAAGGCCGGAAGGAAAUCUAGCUCCCUCGUCAACUUGUGCGACUCGGGGCUGGGGCGCGCCACGCCGCCUCGACGCGCGGCGUCGCCGGGCGUUCGGACGCUGGGCUCGCCGUCGUCUCCGGCGUCGGGACCCGGCUCGCUGCCCGGCGCCAUCGGCAAGCGGCGCCAGCCCGCCCACGACGACGUCUCGGACGUCUCCUCCACGCACUCGUCCAUCGUGGACUACUCGGGUCCGCGGCUCUACAAGCAGCCGGCGACGAAGUCGAACCGCGGGAUCAUGCUGAACGCGGUGGAGUACUGCGUGUUCCCGGGCGCCGUGAACGCCGAGGCCAAGCGGCGCGUGCUGGAGGAGAUCGCGCGCUCCGAGAGCAAGCACUUCCUGGUGCUGUUCCGCGACGCCGGCUGCCAGUUCCGCGCGCUCUACGCCUACUGCCCGGACACGGACCACGUCACAAAGCUGUACGGCACCGGCCCGCGCUCCGUCAACGAGCGCAUGUUCGACAAGUUCUUCAAGUACAACUCGGGCAGCAAGUGCUUCUCGCAGGUGCACACGAAGCACUUGACGGUGACCAUCGACGCGUUCACGAUACACAACUCGCUGUGGCAGGGAAAGAAGGUGCAGUUGCCCAGCAAACGCGACAUGGCGCUGGUCAUCUAGGCCUCCCCUCCGGUCGACGGUCGGCCUAGCCGCCUUUUCGCCUUCGACGCGACGCAAACUGAGCUUUAAAAGACAUUUAUUUUAAAUUUAACGCGAAUAUUCCCACGACCGACCGUCGCGGGCGCAGAGCGUCAGUCGUUCGCUUGCACUCGCAAUGGGGCCACGGGAGGGGGCCACGGGGGGGUGGCAAGUUAACUUCACUAACCGCUUGUGGUCUAACUCGUCUCCGAACGUUGCGUUCGAAGCGUUUACGUGUUUAAGUUAAAUUUUGUACCGCUUGUAUAGCUAAACUGAGGACGAGGCGCUCCACGUGCUCCGCCAGGACUGCACUGCCUUAUUCUGUAAAUAAUUGUUUUUCGUUUUGUAUACAGCUAUUUAUUAAAGAAUGUUAAAGGAAAUUGAUGAAUGUCAUUUUUCAUUGUUCGAUGGUCGGCCAUCAAUUAUAUUAUACUAGCUACGUAAUACCGCGAGUAUAUAUAUUGUAUUAAUAAAACGUAACGAAAUAAUAUUGAAUUUCAUAUUAAA